AAUUUUUUUGUGUAAUUCUACUCUUCAUCUAUUCAAUACUAGUAUGACAAUAGUUAAGGUGUAAUAAAUAUAGUUUAUGAUUUAGUAUGGUGUACGUGAUAUUCUUUAAUUUAUAUAACACGCAAAAUUUCUUAUUCAAAAUUUUUAACGCAUGGAGAAAUGGAUAAUUAGCUAGGAAUUUUUCAUUUAACUAUUUGGUAGAAAUGAAAGAGUGAUUUGAAAGAUAACUGAUUUUAUAUAUAUAUAUUUAUAACAGAAGUGAUAUUUCUUGCAUAAAAAUUUACUCUGUACCUAUAAAAGUUAGUCAUUUUGUCGAGUAUGUACAUGUAUAUAUAUAUAUAUAUAGUUAUUCACUUUUAUAUCGCGAUUAGUAUAAUUAAGAAAUAAUUGUUAUCAGAGAUAUUUAUAAUACAACAUGACGUCCUUUAUAAAUAAUGAACAAAAUGAAGGUUUUCAGCAUUCUAAUAUGCCACAAAUGAAAUGUCUACCUUUGCAAGAGUAUCAACAACUCUGUUCGGAUUUAGAUCGUUUUCGCCGAGAAACUAUGAAUCUUCGUCAGAAACUAUGUCAUGCCAGAAAAAAUCUAGAAGACGAAAAACGUAAACGUCGAGUGAUUGAGCAUUAUAAAAACUUAUUGAUAAGCCAAAUUAACAUGACUAGAGAAAUAUUAUUUUAUGAUAGAGAGAUAAAUUUAGAUGAAGGUAUCAAGGAGAAACUACAAUUUCUUAACAAGCCUGAAAUCAAAUUUAAUAAUCAAAUUUAUAAUAAUCUAAAUGUCCAAGACAGACAAAGCGAUAGAGAUUUCACUAUAAUAACGGAAACAGAUUCUACAGGCUCGAUAUUGAGUGACUUAAAUUGUUUAUCAAAGUCAGAAGACGAUUUGGAUAUGGAUAUCAUCAUAAAGCUUCAAAAAGAGAAAAAAUGGAAAAAAUAUAAACCUAAUAACGAAUAUUGUAUGAAUAAUAUAGUAUACAAACAAUACAAUACUUUAGACAAAAUUGCAGAAUUUAACUCACCAGAUGGAGUAACAAUGAGAAUUAAGCCAAAAGAUGGAAAAAGUUCUGUACCUGUUAAAAUUCAAACUGCAUCUAAUAAAGAAAAUAUUGAUUCUGAACUGUUAAAUGCUAAAACAUUUGUGAAUCAUAACUUUAUAUCAAAGAUGAUUAUUAAACCAGAAACCUGUGUUUCAUGUGGUAAGAGAAUGAGAUUUGGAAAGAUGGCACUAAAAUGUAGAGAUUGUCCUGUCAUAUGUCAUACAGAAUGCAAGAUUCAAACUAUUUCACUUCUGUGUACAUAUGGAAAAUCAACACUGUUAUGAGUCUGUGAGUAUUGCCGUA